AUGUCUCAGGAAACGUACCAGGCUAUGAUCACGUCUACCGACUCCAGCCCAAAUAAAGACUCACUCCCGAGGGCCAGCGCAACCGCCAAGACCCCAAUCCAGAUUCUGCACGAGUAUGGCGUUAAACAUGGCAAAAUCCCCGCCUACGUGCUAGAGAAAGCUGAAGGGGAGGCCCACCAGCCCAGCUUCGUGUUCAGCGUGACCGCCGGAGACGUCUGCGGCACAGGCGAAGGUUCUAGUAAAAAGGCGGCCAAACAUGUCGCUGCAGAAGUUGCCUUGCGCAUGCUACAGGUGGACACCACGGCCAUGAGCUUUCCUGUCAAGCCAGAGAGUAACGAUGCUGCACCAGAAUCAAAUGGCACUCCAAACUCUGUGGGUACACUGCAGGAGUUGUCCUUGCAGAGAGGCUGGCGUCUCCCCGAGUACACAAUGCUGCUGGAGACCGGUCCACCACACCGGCGAGAAUUCACCGUCACCUGUGCAAUGGAGUCCCUAUCGGAGACGGCAUCUGGAAAUUCCAAAAAAGCCGCAAAGAAGGCAGCUGCUGACAAGAUGGUGGCCAAGCUUCAAAGUCUGUCAGGCUCCUCUGAAAUCACAUGGACGCCGAAACCGAGGGUCCGAUUCGAAAACCUUCAGAACUCUUCGGCGGAGAAAAUCUCCCUCCUGAGGAGGAACCCGCUGAGCAUUCCCAACACGGACUACAUUCAGCUGAUGACCGAGCUGGCAAAGGAGCAAAACUUUGACAUCGCCUAUUUGGACAUCGACGAGCUGACGGCUAAUGGGCAAUACCAGUGCCUUGUCGAGCUGUCCACCUGCCCCGUCACCGUGUGUCACGGCACGGGUAUCUCCCGCACUAACGCGCACAACGCUGCUGCACACAGCGCCCUCCAGUACAUCAAAAUCGUGGCCUCCACCAAGUAA